CUUAAUGUUUCACCUCUAAGCCGGAUUUAAACAAUGCAAGGAGACCUCACCCCCUAAAGGGGAAUAUAACUCAUAUCAUCUCACUAAUGACACUUACACUAGCUACGUGCCAGAGUAAAGUCUCUGCGCUGACAAAUGUCUGUAUUCUGAGGCGGUUUCUCAGAACUGGAACCCGAUUAUAGAGUGCUUGUUGAUUUAAGGUGGAUGAAAUGCUUUUUUAGGGCAUGUCAUGAGCUCAUUCUGUGGCCAGGUAACCAACUUCAAAAGCUAAGUGAGUCUACUGUUAUGUUUUGUUUGCUUCUGUUCUGAUAUUAAUGACCCUUUGCAAAUCAUUUCACAAAAAGGGGUUGUUCUGAACUCUCUGUGUGGGGUUCUGGGACACAACCAUCCAAUCAGCAGCUGAGAGGUUUGUUGUCUUUGAUUCUGACUGGCCUAUUAGGGUGGUCAUGGUAAUGUCCUGAUUUCAGUAGUUUGGAUUGUCCUCAGUAUGAGGCGGCAGCUAGUCUUGUUGAUAUUCUGCAUGUUUGCGGGUAAAUGAGAAUCAAGAUGGGCUUUUCUGGCAAAGGCUUUCAUAUGGAUGGGAAUGGAGACUGGCCCUCCAAAAAAAUCAGGAAACACAGAAGUCAGUCUCCCUUUCGUGAUGUUUCACCUGUACCAUCCCAUUUCUCAGAACCAGCCUCAUUCCUUCAACGCAGGGAUGUAAUUGCCAGCCUUCCCUGUCUCCCUGGUGUAAAGGGGCCACUCAGGGAUGAAGAAGAUGACGAUGAUGUUCGGAGUCACAAGAGCUUGCCAGCGGUAAUGACUGGAUUAACCCUCCAACCCAGAGACAAGAGGUCAUACAGACAUUCUAAGAAUCACAACAUAUCUGGUUUACCCCCUCUCAUAACCACCAGGUGCAGUUUGAAUUUAAAAGGCACUGGAUGCAAAACUGUCCCCAAACUCCCACCAAUCAGCAAAUCCAGGAAUACUUGGAAGGAAAUAGGCCCCCCAAGGCCACCUUGUAGGUCUGGAUGCAGGCCGGACAAAUUGGAAUUCGGUUCAGCUAAACCCGUUCAUGCAUUGAUGCAUCCAAAAAUUGUACCUGUCGGGCAGACGUCUCUCUCUGUCAAGGUGCACAGUGUUCAAGGAAAUGGGCCCUGCUUGCUUCCUGCCAAAGCCUCUGGAGUGUCCCCGAGAUCUCGGCUCACUUUCCAAAGUCCUGUAGUGCAGGCAGUGUACCCUAUCAGUCCUGACACCAUGCAACAGAUGAGGCAGACUGACAGAGCGUGCCAGCCCCUGAGGUCUGUGCUGAAAAAAGGACCAAACAGAGGAGUAUUUAACUGCCCACUGGCGGCCCACCUGCUGGAGCCAUUUUCUGGGUUCCAGGAGCAUCUGUGCCGCCAGAUCCUACACUCUCCACUGCCUUAUCGUGCAGCUCUGCCACAGCUUCACAUUGCUUGUCCUCAGGACCAGGUAAAACUAUUGCCUGCACACAGGGGCCCAUACGGUUCCCUGAUGGAACGCACUGUGGAGCUCUGCAACUCCCAAGGACAGAAGCUUCCCAAAAUCACCAUGACUUGUCCGACGCCUUCUCCAAAAUACCUGUGCCGCACUGAAUUUCGCCAUGCGGCUUAAAGUACAAACCAAGAUGGCUGCCAUGCUUUAAGGAACUUUAGUGCUGCUCAGUGUGGUUCAAAGUUAAUAUUGCUUUGUGCACAAAGGAUUACAAAAAAAUCACCAAUUCAUUUUGUUCAUGUUAAGAGACAAAGCCAAAACGGACGUUUGUGCAAUCUCAUGCCAUUUUUCCUGAUUGCUCAGCGAUUAUUGGACUCAUGGUCAUAAUGCUCUCCUGCGCACAGCUCAAGUUAUUGCUGUAUAACCAAUCAUCUUUCAUCUAGUUGCCAUGGAAGCCCUACGGAUCAUUAAACGAUCAGAACUGGACCCUGGGGGAUGCACUGUUCCACCGGUACAGGAAGUGCCUCCGAGGAGCUUUAUAAAGUCAUGCUGCACAAUUUCCUGGGUGUUAAGAUCACCGGGUGUAGAUAUCAUAAGUCUGUCUUACUGAAGAGGAAUGUGAUCAUUUUUCUUCUUUUCACCCCACUUCCACAGCCUUUCUUUUCUUUUUAAAAUCAAUACAAUUUUCUCAGUUGAGCAAAAUCUACAGUGAGAUGCAAGGCUGAGGGCAAUUUUCCAUCAUAGCCUUCUACAGAUAUAUCCGCCAUCUUUUGGUAAAGGAAUGUGUAUUUGUGUGUAUGUGUAUUUGCUAGAGUUAACUUGUACUAUUAGUAGACCUAUUAGAGAGUAAUAUUGACUUAUUCAAAGAAGUCACCACAGUUACAUCACCUAUUGGUGCAGUGGUUGCAACACUUAAAAAAUGAACAACCUUCAAUACUGGUUCCAACUUUAUAUUAUAAUCUUUCAGGAGCAGUAUGUGUUUCAAGCAAUAUAAUAUGUGACCCUGGACCACAAAAACAGUCGUAAGUAGCAUGGGUAUAUUUGCAGCAAUAGCCAACAAUACAUUGUAUGGGUCAAAAUGAUUUUAACAUCAUUUUCCAUUAAGAAAUUUUGUGAAUUUCCUACCAUUAAUAUAUCAAAACGUAAUUUUUGAUUUGUAAUAUGCAUUGCUAAGAACUUCAUUUGGACAACUUUAACUUAUUUUUUGCACCCUCAGAUUCUAGAUGAUUCUAACAAACAUCAACAUUAAUGGAAAGUUUAUUUAAAAAUUUAAAAAAAUUACCGUAUGAUUGGUUUUGUGGUCCAGGGUCACAUAUAUUUCAUUAUAAGUUACAUUUUAAAAGAAAUUCAUUUAAAUGUAUUAGUUUAUCAUCAAGAGAUGUAUACUUUGAUGAAAUAAUGUUCAUUUGAUCCAAAUUUUAAUUCAGUUAUUUUUAUUUAAAAAAUAUUACCAUUGCCCCCACCCUAUUGCCAUCUAUCUUGUAAAGUGAAUAUAAUGGAGAUGAAAAGAAAUUAGGUUUCUUACCAGUGAAUUGAUUUUACUUUUUCCAAGGCUUAAAUAGAAUUUAAUUGAGGCUAUGUUGAAUGUGUUUUUGCUUCAGUGUAUUUGCAAUCUAAAGUUUUACAAUUGCCCUCAACCCAACCCUCUAAUUAUUUACCAUGUAAAGCUUCAUUUGAAAGUCAGUUCUAACCAGAAUACUUUGAUGUAAUAUUUUCUAAUAUUUCACUUUUAUUCAGACUACUGUUACUGUUUUAUUCAGAGGUACUGUUGAAGAGGAGAGUGCCUAAAUGACUUCUAAUGAUUAUCUUUUAGCGACAAGUUCUAAAUUCAGAGCAUAAAUUCUAAUUGUGCAUUUAAUAAAGAUUAAAGGGAUAUGGGAACUUUAAUUGUUCACAUUAUUGCUAGACUUAAAACAAUGGUCUGAUGACCAGCUUCAGUUUUUGACCCAGCACUGUGUUGUCAUGCAGAA